UGCAUUUGUUGCACGUAAGGACACUUCUCUCCUUUCCUGAUUUACGCAGGUGUGAACAGCUCUCGGAAACUCAGCAAAUACGAUGGCGAACGGGGGGCGCACCUUCCACCCAUUUCCGCGCCUCCCAGCAGAGCUUCGUCUACAAGUUUGGGAGCAGUCGCUGGACUAUCGGCGUGAAGUUGAUGUCCGCGUCAAAUCCAGAGGAUUAUCUAAAAAGCUAUUUGAUGUGAAGAUUCUCUCGCGAACACCUACUCCUACAAUCCUCCACACCUGCCAAGAGGGUCGCUACUCACGGCUCUACCAGCAAGCCUUCUCGGACAUACCACGACAAACAGUAGAAAAUGAGCGGAGCUAUGUUUGGGUCAACUGGGACUGUGAUACCAUCAAGAUUGGAAAGACGGAUUUUGUCUGGUAUAGCCGUGGCAGAAGUUGGGCAUCCAUACAAUACCUGCAUUUCUCGACGUACAGCCUUCUUAAUUGGGAUGUUGAAGCUCUCAAGCGUUGUGUAAGCCUCAAGCGGGUUGUUGUAAUCUGUAAGUCUGGGAGGUACAGUUGGCGUCGGGCCUUCCCAGGCUGCCCGACUAGUUGCAACAUAGAGCUCACAGCCGGGGUUGGUCCAGAUGGCAUUCAGAACUUGGACGGCGACGAAGAUACUCUGGUUGAUAAAGCUUGUGACGAUCGGCACGAGGAGUGGUCUGUCGAAAUAACUCCGCGGUUUUUCCGCGGCUCUUGAUAACUUCUGCUUUUCGCCUCCUAACCAGCUCGUUACCUAGCGUAUCUAGAAAGGUAG